UUGACGUGGCAUUUCCCCAGGUGGCUUGGCGCCUCCUCAAAGCACGAAGACCGGGACGGCGAGCAAUCGAUCGCGAUCGAGCGGGGAGAGCUCGGGCGGGGAUCGCCCGGUGGGUUGGAGCUUGCGGCGUCGCAAAUCCGUGCUCUCCGAGUGAGCCGUUCUUGGCCUUGGCAAUCCGGUAAAUAUUUUGUGAUCUUCCACGCUGGGCGCUGCUGGUGUCAUUGCGCGAUCGAUCGCUCGAGCUCCCUCCAAUAUCCAUCGAUCGCAGAGAGAGGGAGCAGCAAGAGAAAGACGUAGUGUCUACGAUGAUGGGGCACUCCAACGAUCCUCGCGAUUCACCAAUGCCCGACAUAGACAUGAUCGUUCCCUCGUCUCCAACGCACAGCCAGAAAUCCACGUUUGGUCCACAAGUUCUGUCGCACAGGCUCACUGGACCAUUCACUCUCUUUGGAACUUCCGAUCGCGUGAACAUGGAGAAGAUAUACAUUGACAAGGAACUCAAUAAGUUGAUUCCGGGGAACAACAGCCCAGGACCAAUCUACAAUUCUCUAUCGUCUAUCGGCAAGCAAGUCGAAUCUAUCAAUGGCAAUGCACCGUGCUUGACUUUUGGACGGGAUAAGCGGUGGAAGGGAAGGCGCUCUACAGGCGUUCCUGGUCCUGGAGCCUAUGAGGAUAAAGUCACGGCAUUUGGAAAUCAGUGUGUAUCGUCCAAGCAGUCACCAGAGAAGACUGACUUUGGAAAGGCUACGAGGGAGCAGACGUAUAAGAUUGAAGAGAAGGCGAGAUUUAUCUCUCCAGGUCCAGUGAGAUGUGACGAAAGAUCCUCCAUUGGCAGCCAGAUCCAUUCUGCAAACUCCACAGCUCCAAAGUUUCGAUUUGGCCACGAGAGACGCUUUAGAGUACGUCUCCUCGGAAGUAAAAACAAAGAAAGAAGAUGGGAAUGGGGGAGAAUGCAGACUCGGGUGAUCAACAAGUUAUCGUUGUGUGUGUUCUUCUUCUUCAGGAGGGGCCUAUUUCAGAAGGUUCGACUCCUGGAGCUGGACGCUAUGAUUGCCUCAGUUCGGUAGGCAAGCAGCACGAGUCCAAGAAGGGGAACUCGCCGUCCUACUCGAUUGGAAUUGCAACCAGGCAGAACCGAGAGAAGGUUUUCCUGUCCAAAGAACACGAUAAGUCACAUUUUGGCGAGAUUUCUCCUGGGCCAGCCGGGAACUACAGAGUACGAUCGUCACUGGGUCACCAGCCAAACUCAAGAAACUCAUCCGCCUCGGCAUUUAAGUUUGGAUCAGAGCAGCGUUUUAAACCAUACUCGGACGAUCGUCCAGGCCCGGGUGCCUACGACACAUGAUUCGCGGCUUAGCUCAGCGGGUGAGAAAAACUUUUGUUUUUCCUUGUUUCGUUCUUGUUGGUGGGAGCCUAUCUGCUGACGAGAGGUAUCGCAAAAAUUUAUAUUUCACUAUAAAAAGCUAUUUUGUCCA